AUGGAAUACUUAUCAAGGAAAUUGGAGCUUUUAAAGGAAGAUAAAUUGUUCAGAUAUCAUCCUAUGUGUGGCAAGCUCAAAAUAUCCCACCUAAUUUUUGCGGAUGAUCUUCUGCUUUUCGCCAAGGGAGACUUAUAUUCAGUCCAAAAACUUUAUCAUUGUGUGAAGGAUUUUAGUGCUACUACUGGUCUGGAAGCUAAUCUGAGCAAAUGCUCAAUUUACUUUGGAGGAAGGCUUCAAGUGAUCAAAAGUGAGAUAUUAGGUGUUCAAAAUUACUGGACAACCAAUUUUGUUCUUCCUGUCAAAGUCACUCAGAAGAUAGAUGAGCUGUGCAGGAAAUUCUUAUGGGGGAAGUCUGAUACUACUUUCAGAAUCCCAUUGGUCUCAUGGGAUAAAGUUUGUUAUCGGAAAAAACAGGGUGGUUUGGGAGUUUUCUCUGCUUCUAUUUGGAAUCUGUCUUCAGCAUUAAGGAGCCUAUGGUAUAUACAUGUUAACAAGGAAAGUUUAUGGGUGAAAUGGAUCCAUGGGAAUUAUUUAAAACAUUGGGAUAUAUGGUACGUAAAGGCUAAAAAAGAGAAUUCUUGGAUGUGGAAGCAGCUGAUUAAGUGUAGGGACAGAGCUGUGGCUGCUACUGGAGGGAUUGACAACUUGAAGAAGACUCUCAGUGCUUGCUAUAAAGAUUCUAAAUUGCAGUUAUCUACAGUUUACUCUGUUUUCUCCCCUGGUUCACACAUUGUUCCUUGGUACAACACAGUAUGGGGAAAGCUGAAUUAUCCGAAGCACACAUUUGUUCUGUGGCUUGCUGUGCAGAACAGAUUACUCACACAUGAUAGGUUGAUGAGAAGAGGAACCAUUAAUUCAAAUAUAUGCCUACUAUGUGCAGGAACUGCCUCUGAAACAAGAAACCAUUUGUUCUUUGAUUGUCCAUUUUCAAGAGAGGUGUGGUUAGCCAUCAUGGACUGGCUUAGAAUGACUUGGCAAUCUUGUGAAUGGGAAUUGCUCAUGAAUUGGUUCUACACCAGACAAAGGGGGAAUGGAUUCAAAACAAAUGUUAGGAGGUUGGCUCUUGCGGCUACUGUGUACAGAUUGUGGAUAGAAAGGAAUAACAGAUUUUUUCAAAAAGGAGUUACAGGUGCUGCUCAUUUGGUUAAGAAUAUCAAAUUUGAUAUCUUAACUAUUUGCCUAAAUAGUUCUAUCUUAGAUGAAUAUAGGGAUUGGAUAAUAUCCUUGUAA